UAAAGUUUUGGUAGAAAACGCGUGGGUGACAAUAGUGGAAGGAGCGUCUCUAAAGUAGCUCUAGCUAUAUACUUUAAAUACAGAUAAUUUUGAACACUUUGUGAGUUGAGCUUAUUUUUGUACAUAUAUUGAACAUUACGGGUAUCGCGUGAACCCCCCUGAUAACAUGGCAGAAAGCGACUGGGACACCGUGACUGUGUUGAGGAAGAAGGGGCCGACUGCUGCCCAGGCCAAAUCCAAGCAGGCAAUCACCAGUGCUCAGAGACGUGGGGAAGAAGUCGAGACGACCAAGAAAUGGUCUGCAGGGCAGAACAAACAGCAUCUUGUGACAAAGAACACGGCCAAACUAGACCGCGAGACAGAGGAGCUGCACCACACCAGAGUUCCCCUGGAGGUGGGCAAGGUCAUUCAGAAAGGGAGACAGGAUAAAGGCCUGACACAGAAAGACCUGGCCACUAAAAUUAAUGAGAAGCCUCAAGUCAUUGCGGACUAUGAGUGCGGGAAAGCAAUUCCCAACAACCAGGUCUUGGGCAAGGUUGAGAGAGCAAUUGGGCUGAAGCUUCGUGGGAGGGAUAUUGGCCAACCCCUGGUCCUGGAGGCAAAACCCAAGAAGAAAUGAACACAAAGCCUCGAAAUCAGCCCUCCCUCUCCCUUUUUUCCCCUAUAACUGAAGGCUAAACCCCUUCUGCGCCCCACCUCCAAGAAUCCCAAGCACUCUCCCCCUUUCUCCUCCCCCCAUCCCUUCCUUUACCCGGGCUGAUCUCACCUGUGUCCUGCCUGAGGACCUGGUGCUCCACUGCUAUACAGGCUGCACACUGACAAGUCAUCUGAAACACGUUCUCGACCAUAUUAUCAAAUAAUCAAACAUCACAAACUCAAAACUUCUGAGAAUUUUUUUUCACUUAUGUCUGCUUAGGCUUUUGGCAUGAUGAAUUCUACUUUUUGGUGGUGAUGUAAAAUCAUUUAAAAGGUGAAUUUGUUUUCAUGGCCAAACAAAUAUAGUUCGACCAACUUCCGUUCUAAGCAUGAUAUUAAGCCAAAAGUGCUUGAAUGCAUCUUUUUCACACACUUGCGACAGUGGGUGGAUGUCAUUACAGUGUUGAAAUGUUUUAAUGCUGUGCUUUGUUUUGAUCUAAGAAUAAAGUUUGGCAAUUCAA